AUGCAGCACGCGAGCUACAACGGCACCAUGUUGGUGCUGGUGGGUCGAGAUGGAAACCUGCAGCCGAUGAUGCAUGCAGUCGCGCUUGUGCCUGAGGAGUCUAUGACGCACUGUACGUGGUUCUUGGAGAAAUUGAUCGCGCACGGGUUCCCGCUGCGGAGGUUCCCGGUGGUGGUUAACGGGCGCGGGGCCUUAGGAGCGGCAUGCGCUGAAUUGCUCGUUCCCCAUGUAAUGAUGUGUACUCAGCACCUGCUGGACGACAUG